CAAAUACUUUUAUUGACAAAAAAUUUCUCGAAUGGAUGGAUUCAAUUGCUGGAAAAUCGGCGAUGAAAAAACUUAAAGACAAUAAUUAUAGCGAAUUACAAUAUCUUGUUAAAGAAUUUUGUGAACAGAUCAAGUUUCAGUUUACGGGUGAUGAUCCCGAUUUUCAUUGCGAAAUUGACCUUGAAAGCACAUGCCCUACUUUAACAAAAUACGUGACUGGCAAUGAGUUAAAAGAGUUAAAAAAAAAUAUGUGGGAAAUUGAUAUUACAUUUGAUUCUAUCAAAGCCAUGUUCGACCCAAUCAUUGAUAGAAUUAUUCGAAUGAUUCAAGCUCAACUUGAAAACGCUCUAACUUCUAGUUUUGGCGUAGCUCGAAUUAGAAAGGCUCAUUAUUCGAUCCCUGCCAAUAAGUGCUCAGCAAUAUUUUUGGUUGGAGGAUUUAGUCAAUCAAAGUAUUUGCUUAAUAGAAUUAAAAAAGAGUUCUCAGAUAAAGUCGAGAAUAUUUCUGUACCAACUCAACCUGCCGCUGCAAUAUGUAGGGGCUCAGCCAUGUAUGGCCUUAGCAUGAAUAAUGCUAAUAUUGAUCCAGAUUUAGCAACCGCAAAAUUUAUCAUCGGUACUCGAGUAUUGAAAUACACGUAUGGUGUUAGAGUUUGUGGUGUAUGGACUAAAGAUGAUCCGCCACAUCGAAAACUUCGUAACGGAAGAAUUCAUAAAUUUAACCGUCUAGCAAAACGAGGUGUUGAAGUUAAAAUUGACCAAGAAUUCACUGGAACGUAUUUACCAGUUGAACCAGAUAGUAGUAGUCUAGUUUUUUAUAUUUUUACCACUGAGAAUAGCGAUGGUAAAUACUGUGAUGAAGAUGGAAUGAAAUUAUUGGGAUCACUUAAAAUUGAUCUUCCUGAUAUUCAUCUUGGGACUGAACGACCUGUUCAGUUUUCUUUGAUGUUUGGUAAGAUGGAAAUUACUGCAUCUGCAAAAAAUACGACAAAUGGCCAAAAUUAUCAUUCUAAAUUUGAACUUUCUCUAAAAUAG